AUAUAUCAUUAGAUGUCACGUGCAUUGAACACCCUCUAGUGGUGUUCACUUAAACUUUGCUAAGGAGACAGAAAAGAAGUAUUAUAGUCUAAUUCGAACUGUAUCAAAGUGACAAUUAACAUUUCAAUUUGAAUUGUGUAUUAAGUAAACACGUAGAUUUUUUUUUACUGAAACAUAAUGGCAAGCUCGAACGACGCAGAACACGGGCUUACUGGCUUAUCGAAAUAUUUUAAUAGUGUCACCGAACGUGGUCGAGCAAAUGUGGCUUUGUCAUCAAUCGGUGGAAUGAUUGCUCUAGGCCUAUACUUCUAUUUAAAACCAAAAAGUAAAAAGACAGACGAAAAAUGAAUCAAUAACAAGAUUAAAUACAGUAGAUACAUUAUGUAAUAUUAAUUUCUGCGUUACUUUAGUCUCAUUAAGAAUAAAGAAUUAUUAAUUAUUAAAACCUCAUCAUUUAUUUUUAUUAAUAUAUUGCAAUGUAUCAAAAUUUUUAGAACAAGAAUUUUUAAUUUUUUAUAAAUUAAAUAUAUUUUAAGUCUAAAAAUAAAUUUAACUGUACCUA